CUAGCAGAGCAGAGCAMAGGCACAGGAUAACAAAACCAAAUAGCACAGAAUUCUAUUCCAUCAAUCCGAGAAGCCGAACGCCUUUCGAUUAGUGGCAACCAUCUCACAUCCCAAACGGAACGAGUCUGUCCUCGAUACCAUACAAUCGUCUACCAUACCAUUCAACACAACGGGGCCGCAGCUUCUUUUUCACUCUCAAGGAAGGAAAAACAUGGACCGCCAYGAAGUAGAAAAAGGAUCGGUGGUGGAUGCCAAAACACGAGAAACCGCUGAGACGCUGCUGGAGGUACUGCGGAAACGACAACGAAAGGAAACGCUUGUGGCACGCUCGGACAUUCACACAGCGACCAAGGAAAGGGGCCCUGAAUCGCUAAUUUCCGUGGGAGCAGGAGUUUUAGUACCAGCGGUACCAGCGCCAGYGGCACAACACCCGGCGGCAGCGAAGACGAUUCGUCACGGAUUCGAAUUGGAURCAACGGGGUGGGGAAAUGCCAACAACAGUGGAAACUCGCACCGUGGCURCGGUUCAUCCCCGCCACAGAUACAAAGCCGACGAGAAACACAAGCUCAGUAUAAAYUACCGCAGCAACCACAUCAGGAGCAACACCAGGAGAAACAUCAGCARCAAAUGCACCCCGUUCCWAACAAUCGCCAGCCCCAGAACAUGGAUCCUCUAAAAGCAACGAUUGACACCAGCACUGGUUCUGUUUUCAACGCGAAUGGCAAUUCCUACCAGRCUUCUUCUCCUSCUCCUGUCGCUACAGGCUUCCACGAUMAAAUGGCCUUUUCGAUGACGUCCAUCGGCAUCGGCAUCGAUCACCAGCACUACCACUUUCAAAACCAAAGCCGCGGCAACCCCCCGCCCUUUCCGGAUGCUACCGAGGCUGCAGCAAAGGCCGUCAAAGAUGCAAUGGAUCGAUCCUUUCUCCGGUGCUCUUAUCMUCCUAGCAGCACCGCUCCGUUGCAGAUCCGGAUCCGGUUGGGGGUCCCCUGCGCGCAGUCAUCCGGUACGCACAAAACGAACGUUGGAACCCUCAUGGCGGUCGAUCAAAAACGAAUCGCCUCCGUUCUCCCCUCCUCUGUGAACCUUCUCCCCCUGCAGYUCGAGGUGGGUGGUCUCUUUGUGCCCGGAGGGAGCGGCGGCAACAACAGCAACCCCAGUGCCAAUCGCACUGCUCCCUCGAUMUGCACGGUAGUAGCGUGCAUCACCCUCGAGCCGUYCGACCGCUGUAGGCAACCGCUGCCUUCCUCCACGCAGCAGCUAUCAUCGCCGCCACAGCGACAAUCCACACAGCUCGUACCGAACCAACCCAAGGUGUCAAUCUUUUCUUCCACUAGCACUCUUCGCGGUACUGCUACAACCACUGCGGCUCCGUUACCACCGCCCCCCCUGUCGUAUCGGACUACACAACAAGGGGAACACCAUUCCGCGGAACGAGAACCUACCGAUGGCAAUAGAACUGAUYUUCGACCUUCGGCGAUAGGCGAAAGCAAGAUUCACCAGUGUGAAGCAACCAUCGAGGGRAAGAAAUCACAGCAGCACCAAUCCCUGGCUCGUGGAAAUUCAACUAMACGUGCGCAUGCAAAUGCAUUGCCUCCCCCUUCCCAACCACACCGUCAAAUUGCAGCAGUAUCAGCUGCYACAACGAAUUCUAUCGAACUGCUUGCAAUGAUCAGCGCGCAAGAAAUCAACCGCACAAACACGACAWCGAUAGCCGCUUCCGCAACACAAGUGGCAGCAGCAGCAGCAGCAGCAACGGCCGUACCACCGAGCCACACUCAUCCUACGCCCGAUCUCCGUGUACCACCGAUGGYACCUGAAGGAACGGAUACUUCUACCGAUCACCAUAUAAGUGGAAAACGCAAACCAUUCCCACCGGAACGAACCACCCCUAAGAACCACGGUAACAACUCCGAGGUUCUCAACGGUGGGAUCCAAGCAAGUUUUAAUGGCGGCCCCCAACCCUCUGCAAAUAACGGUGCCCGAACCGUUCCAGGAACCUCCAGUGCUCCCCUUUCGGACGCCAGGAUCCAGACUUGCGGUUCUGUWGCCAUACAAAGACCCCCGCCAUCGUCGCCGAUCUAUACCGACUGGUCGGGUGAGCGGCCCCUYCCGGAGGAACGGGAUUGCUGGGCCUUGUCGACGAGAACGACUUCGAGUCCGGUCUUCCCCCUCAAGCUACACGAGACUCUGAGCCAGAUCGAACGAGACGGACUCGAGCACAUCAUCGGGUGGCUCCCACACGGAAGAAGCUUUAAGAUUUUCAAGCAAAAGGAGUUUGCUGAGAUCAUCCUCCCCAGGUACGUACAUGCAAGCAAAGAYCGUGCUGUAUUCAUUAUUUUACCAUGUCGUGAAAUGCAAGCGGUCUCCCUGCCCCCUCGAGUGGUUCUGCUCACUGCGAUUUUUUGGUGUUCGUUCGUCCUGAACUUUAUAGAUACUUUGUGAUGACUAAGAAGUCAAGCUUUUUGAGGCAACUCAAUCUUUACUCGUUCCGCCGGUUCAGUGCGGGCUUCACGGACAAGGGAAGCUACUACCACGAAAAGUUCUUGCGCGGCAGAAAGUUUUUAACACGGAGGAUGACCCGACAGAAAGUCAAUGGGAAUCGUAUACGAUCCGCGGGCAACCCGGACGAGGAACCCAAUCUGAUGUUGUACCMCGUUUGCUACGGAGAAAACCAGAGCGAGGAAAAACAACAACAGCCUCAGCAACACCAGCGAAAACUUCCCGCGACCCUUUCGUCCUCCCAGUCUUCUUUCUGUGCGUACACUGCUCCUGGGCCCACCCAAACAGCAACAGAUCCUCCGGUGGCCGGAGGAAUUUCAAAUAGAAAUGAUACGAUAGGGACAGCUCCGUUUUUGAAAGUACUCUGAACCCACCGUGAACCGAAAUCGUGCGUUGUUGCCUCGCUUAUCAUGCCGAAUUUGAGCUGAUAAUUUUCAUUGGUUCACGACAGUUGCAGUCCAACUUUAACUCCUUUGCUUUGGUCGAAAGAAGGAAGGUGGAGCUGGUGUAACUAUAGUGCACUGUGAUAUGACAAUGUUACUAAAUUUAAAAAAUAUAU